CUGAGACAAGCCGCAUACACAUGGCAGCGGAUUAAAGAUCAUUUCCAUGGAGACUGGAGUGCAGUCGGAAAAGCCGCGAAAAUUCAGCGCGGAUUGGAAUAUAUUCAGGGAGUGUGCGCAGCGGGGAAGCGGCGAAGAGGUAAACGCCACUGGCGCGCCAGUUCAAAAGUUAGCAACAGAAGUGGUCUGUCGGAGGCCCAAGCCUUCGCCGUCACUCGUGUGGCCAUGCCUUCUCACUGUGCCUCGUACCAUCUUACGAGCCACUCUUAUCCAACACCGUCAUUAUUUCACCUGAACCCAUCAGGUAUUACACUCAAAACUCCCGACAACUAUUUCCACCUUCACCUCAAUCCUCCACCACCCCCUCACACCCUCUCCCCAAUUUUUUAUCAAUUUUUAUCAAUUUACAUUUGGAAGGAGAUACAACACCUGGAUAUCACCGCGUCAAUAAUCUCUGGAGAUCUUCAUCAUUUUUAUACAACAAUUUGAGGUGACCGCAACAUUUUUUUUGAAUUCUCAGAUUUUUCGCGGUCGAGGGAUUCCAGUUUUUGGGAUUUCCCUUCAGUUGGAAAAGUGACAGUGAUUGGGAAAUUCGGGGUGAUAUGGAGACGUUGGAAAAUUCGGGAUUUGUACCUGUGGGGUUGACCAGUGGUUGUGAAUUUUUUAAUCAGUGAUGAGACCUCUGGAGUUGACGUGAAAUUAUGGGAUAAGGAGGGAGAUUAUUCGUAUGGGAUUGUGAUAUCGGAAUGACUAUUGUGAUGUGACAGGUUUUGAUCGGUCUUUUUCCGGUGGAGUUACUUCGAGUGAAAUAUAAUCCGCGGACUUUUCUCGCAGGACGCCGAAAGGGAACGCUAAUUUGAGUGGAAUCAUGCCGCCGAGUCCGACGUACCGAAUUAGGAAACUGUAUGCAGGGUCAGGAGGAUCUGUACAGCUACUCAAGAAGAAGAAAACAGGAUUAACAAGAUCAUAAAUUCAGUCAUUUUGACACCAAAAUUGGCGCUGAUCCGGCCAGGUGACUAGGAUCUACGGCCCUAUUGCUGGCCUGGCCAGCUACUAUGCAAAUUGCAGCUCUUCGUAUUGUUAUUGCGGUGGUUUGGUUGACCGCAUUUAUGUGGUUGCGGUUCACAGCUGCCAGUAAUAUAACGCUUUCAAUAUUAUCCCAAAGGAUUGAAGAGCAUUCAUUGAGGGACCACAAUCCUCACAGGAUAUCGUCCCGGGAGAAGCGAAAUUCCCCGGGUUUCGGGAUGACCUAUCGGGAAAUUCAGAGUAUCCUGAGGAAAGAGGGAGGUGAAGGAGGAAGUCCUGUGGACUGUUGUCCUUCAGUAGUUGAGACCAUUUCACCCACAGGAGGAAGGACCCGCAAGGGUGCAUAUGUCGAACUUUAUCGACACCUGGAGCACAUACAGACGUUCUUCGAGUCCUCCUGCAGGGCUGAUGUCCUCAAUAAACCCUGCAGAUUCGUUGAUAAAAAACUCAUGAACCGAACGCGCUGCGUCCAGAAGUUCUCGUAUACCUACGCCAUCAUCGGCAAUCCAGACAAAUUCCAGCAGGAGAAAAUGGAGAGGCAGGAACAUCCUCAUCGUCACAAAGACCACCACAUUCUGGUUCUGGAUCCUGGCUCCCUGUGGAGACUGGAUUACAUACAAGUGCGAAGUGGUUGCAGUUGUGAAGUUUUUCCCAAGCCGAAGAAAAAGAAAGCAACGGGGAUGAAGGCGAAAAAAGGAAAGAGUAAAGAAAGAAAACCACGGGACGGAGAUUUCUCGUGAAUUCUAGCUAGUUUUUUUUUAAACAUAAAAAAAAAUGGGAUAAAUUGUUACCAAUGAAUAUACUAAUGAACUACAAGACAAAUCAUUAGGAUAUCGAUAGUUGGAAAUUAUUCUAUUAUUUAUUUGCCAAUGAGGAUGUAAUUUUCUGAUUGCAUACCGUUACGAGUGCUACAUGACAGCGGAUGAACAUUUUCAUUUUGUAUUUUAAAGUGAAGAUAUAGAAUAGUCAAGAUUAUUUUAAUGCUUAAGGGUAUGAUUAAUUUUCUGUGGCCAGUUUUAACUGUUAACGUUUGUAUAUUAAAUCCAUUUAUGCAUGUAGUUAGUAUAGUUCCAGUGAUGUAGUCUCGACGAGAAAUUACGGUUUACCCUGGGGGUAAAUAUUCUGAAUUCCAGUGGAUGAGUUAUAAAUAAUAGUACGAGGUAAAGGGUAACUAGUCGAUUUAAUUGAUGAGUUUUUCUGGAAUAUCUCGGAAUCUGAGGGAGAUAGCGAAAAUUUCAUUUAAUAUUUUCUUGUAGCUCUCAGUGCAGUUUAUAAAAAAGGUCCAACGAGAAAUAACGAUAUUCCUUAUAGAUUUUGAGAUAAUCCAAAAAUAUUGGAUUAGGGUACAAGUUAUUUUUUACCUCUUCGCUACCGAAUUGAUAUUCGUCUCGCAGGACUGAUCAAAUUGAAUAAAUAUAUCAGCCCACGAUACUGUUUCCAGUUCUAUUAUAAGCCAUAACGAAAAAUCAUUACUUUACUCGAGUUAAACUAGUAAUAACGCACUUGUCCAUUACUGUAAUGUAAUUGAAAGUCAAUAUUUAUUUAUUAAUUCGCUGAAAAUAUGUUCCCAUGCCAUGACGCUUUCCCUAGAAGAUUGUUCCAAAAAAAAGUCCGAUGGGCUUUUCAGAUUCUAUUCCGCAAAGUAAGUCAAUAAAUAUAUUUUCGUAUUUUUCGAUAAUACUCAAAGUUUAUUGAUCAUUACAUUAAAAGAAUAUACACUAAAAACCGAAUAAUCAGAAGACAAUGAACUGAAAUUUUAUUUUUCGGUUUUUCUCCUCAUUUUAUUAAGAGUAAUAAAUAAAAAUACAGCGGAACACCCGGAAAAUUCGCGUCCAAGAAUUUCCAUAGAAAAAACAACAACUAUUUAAUUAAUCAAUUAUCCAAAAUAAAUCCAGUACAAAUAACACAAUAAAAAUUCAAUACAUUGAAUUUUUCAGUAUAAAGUCUUAGACUCAAACACUCUGAUUUUUUUCUCCACAUUAUUAUUUAUUUCUCACCAUAAAAUCCAAAAGAGAACUAUAAAAAAAUCAUUA